AAAUCGGUAUUGGGGGUCGACUCGGCGUAUUUUUGAGCAAAGAAGGUAAGAGGUUUUUAGCAUCUUCCCAGGCCUGGGUCUGGGCCAUUAUUUUCACCAAAAUCGCGUCUGAAACCACGCGAUCAGCUGCGGUCAAUUCGCACUGCCCACUCCAGCUCCAAAUUCUGCGACACUUCCCCCCUAGUUGUCAUGCGCCGGAGUAUUGCACCAAGGCAGCCGCAGGACUCUGCCUACUCCGCUACACGAACGUUGCCAGACUCUGCGACCUGCGCCACAACAAAGAUGGCUGCGGAGCGAGGCUCAGCCCGCGAGGGGUGUGGUCAAGCGUGCUCCUAGCCAAUGAGCGCUAGCGCCUGGCCGCCGCCAAUCGGAAGGCAGCGCGGGCUCCAGCGCGGGUGUUCCAGUCACUAUGUCGGGCUCCCCGGCCAGGGGUGCUGCGGUACGCGGUGGGCCCCUGGGCCUCCGAAAAACAUGGGCCGAACUGAUGGCGGGCAGAGUCAAGAAGCAAAAAUAUAAUCCUGAAAGGGAACAGAAAUUAAAGGAUUCCGCUCUGCAACUCCUGAGAUACCACCAAAACAUGAAUGACCUUUUACUAGAGGUAGAAGAUCCACAGUGUAAAAAAUUGUGUCUCAGCAAACUGAUUGAUCAUGACAGUGCAUCAGCCUACUCUGACCGGUCCAGUUCCUUUAUCUCCUCUGCUUUUCGGGAUCAAGCCUCGGCUCUGGGAGUUCCUGUGGGCAUACUAUCUGCCAGAGUGUUUGCUCACAGUGUGCAGCAGGUCUGCAUGGAGCCCAGCCACCCUGUGCUGCUCAGCUCGGAGCAAAGAAAGAAACUAUCUUCCUUGUUAGAGGUUUCUCAGCAUUUGUUGGCACGUAAUAUGUUCUCCCGUCUCACCUUCUGUCAAGAACUGUGGAAAGCCCAGAACUCUUUGUUGCUUGAAGCUGUGUGGUGUCUUCACACGCACAACGUUGUGAGCCUACAAGAGCUGCUGCAAAGCCACCCUGACGUGCAGGCCAUGACCAUGUGGCUCUUCAGGAACCUAUGCAUUCUGUGUGAGCAGAUGGAAGCAGCCUGCCCAUCCUCUGAUGCUACUAAAGCCAUGCUUUCUGGUUUUGUGCAACUAUUAGUUUCAAGGGGCUUUCAGGAAAGCUCGGAUCCAAGGCCUGUGGAGCCUGAAAAGAUGCCUCAGGUUGCUGCAGAUGUCCUGCAGAGAAUGCUGAUUUUUGCACUUGAUACUCUGGAUGCUGAUCCACAGGUGACGUCGGCUUCCCAGACAGUGAGGGGCUGGUUUAGUGUCUACUCUGGACAUGUAUGCUGUGGUAUGUCGGCAGGGGAUUCUCUGAAGAGGUUCUUCAGUCACACUCUGACUCAGAUUCUGACUCACAAGGCGGUGCUGAAAGUGUCUGACGCUAUUCAAAUGCAGAAAGAGUGGAGCUUUGCAAAGACUUGUCAUCUGCUCACCACUCUGUACUGCAGGGUUUUUGUGACACUAGGUCCAGAGGAGUCAGUUGGCCGUUUGCAGGAAGUCCUGGAGACACAGGAGGUGAACUGGCAACAUGUGCUGUCCUCUUUGUCUACACUGGUCGUCUGCUUUCCUGAGGCACAGCACCUGGUUAAAGACUGGGUGGCCUGUCUGAUGGCCCGUGCCUUUGAGAGCUACCACCUAGACAGCAUGGUCACUGCAUUCCUGAUUGUGCGCCAGGCCACUCUGGAAGGCCCCUUUGUGUUCCCAUCCUAUGCAGACUGGUUCAAGGAGUCCUUUGGGAGCUCCCUUGGCUACCACAGCUGCAGCAAGAAGACACUGGUCUUCCUCUUCAAGUUCCUGUCUGACCUGGUGCCCUGGGAACCCGCUCGGUACAUGCAGGUUCAUAUUUUCCACCCCCCACUGGUCCCAAGCAAGUACCACUCCCUCCUCACAGACUACAUCUCGUUGGCCAAGACAAGGCUUGCGGACCUCAAGGUUUCUCUGGAGAAUAUGGGACUCUAUGAGAACUUGUCCUCCUCUGGGGACAUUGCUGAGCCUAAGAGCCAAGCGAUCCAGGAUGUCGAGAAGGCCGUCGUGGUGUUUGAACAAACAGGGAAAGUCCCGAUGGCUGUCAUGGAGGCCAGCAUAUUCAGGAGGUCCUACUACCUGUCACACUUCCUCCCUGCCCUGCUCACACCGAGAGUGCUCCCAGAGGUUCCUGACUCCCGGGUGACCUUUAUAGAGACCCUGAGGAGAGCAGAUAAGAUUCCCUCGUCCUUAUACGGUGCCUACCGCCAAGCCUGUGCCACUGCUAAGGAGAAGCAGCCCGAAGAUGCCACCCCAGGAAAAAGGACUGAGCCCGACUGUGCUGAACAGCCCCUGGGACUGCUCACAGCAGCACUUGAAGAGCUCAGAGCUUUAAUGACAGACCCCACCCAAUAUGAUGUUAUAUCUGCUCAGGUGGCUGUGGUUUCUGAAAGACUAAAUGCUGUUUUGGGUCACAGUAACGAUGAUGGCAGCCUCCGGAGAGCAAAGAUCCAGCUCAGCAUCCUUACUCCCACACUCCGGACACAGGACCAGGAGGUUGUGGAUCUCCUGCUCACAGCCUUCUGUCAGAACCAAAUGGCAGCCUCUAGUUUUGUGCCCCCGGAGAGGCAGAGCCCCUGGGCUGUCCUUUUUGUGAGGACCCUUUGUGGACACAUGCUUUUCCCUGCAGUGCUCACUCGGCUCUGCCAGCUGCUCCAUCACCAGGGCCCAAGCCUGAGCGCCCCUCAUGUGCUGGGGUUGGCUGCCCUUGCCGUCCAUCUGGGCGAGUCCAAGUCCAUACUUCCAGAGGUGGAUCCUGGUGUUCUUGCCUCCACCGGCAGCCUUUGUGUUCCUGAGUUUUUGAACAGCCUCCUGACCUUCCGCACAAGGGAAUCUCUGCUCUUCUGCAUGAAAUUCUGUACAGCAGCAAUUUCUUACUGUUUAUGCAAGUUCUCUGCACAGCCCCUGGCUGCCUUGCACAGCUGUUUAUCUCCAGGCCUGAUCAAAAGGUUUCAGUUUAUUAUGUUAAGGGUGUUCUCAGAGGCCAGAGCACCUUGUCCUCCAGAACACACAGCUUCCGUCUCCUGGAGACCCUUGUACCUUCCUUCUGCAGACUGGCAGAGUGCUGCACUCUCUCUGUGGAGAUGGAGCAGCUUCCAAGAGCUGCUGAAGGAAAAGGAGUUUUAUUUAACUUACAGAGAUUGGGUACAGCUAGAAUUGGAAAUUCAACCUGAAGCUGAUGUUCUCUCAGAUACAGACAGACAUGACUUCCACCAGUGGGCCAUCUAUGAGCACUUCUUCCCAGCACCGUCUGCUUUGGGAGGCUGUGAUGGAGACCUGGAAGCAGCGUGCACAGUCCUUGUCAGUGAGCUGAUGGACUUCUACCAAAGUUCAAGGAGUUAUAACCACUCACAGGACUCUGAUUUGGUUCUUGGUGGCCGCACGGGAAAUGAGGAUAUUCUUUUGAGGCUACAGGAGAUGGCUGUGGACCUGGAGCUGGAUCAAGGCUCUUCUGUCUCCUAUGGCUGUCCAACUUCUCAGACUCACAUUCUCUUCCGGGUGUUCAAAAGCCGACUCCAAGCUUUGGCAAGCGGGGACAGCAUGGCUACUAGCCUUCGGAGACAGCGAGAGCUGCUCCUGAGCAAACGGCUUCUGCUCCGCCUGCCUCCAUCUGUUCUUAUGGGCAGUCCCCAGGCCAGACAACCUGUCUCCCCCAACUGUGAGGAGUUCUUUAGCCUGGUCAACUCUGAGCUGAGAAACUUCUGUUGCCAUGGCAGUGUCCUGACCUGUGACAUCACCAUCCACUUCUUCAGGGGACUCCUUAAUGUGUGUUUUCGAAGUCAAGACCCAGCAUUGGUGGCCAACCUGAUCCUAACAGAGUGCCAGACCAAAUGUCCCAUGAUUUUGACCUCAGCACUGUUCUGGUGGUCAAGCCUAGAGCCAGUGCUGUGUAGUCGGUGGAAAUGUCAUCAGAGCACACUUCCUCGAGAGCUACAGAGGCUACAGGAGGCCCGCGAGUUCGCUAGCAAUUUCCUGUCUGACUCAGCUCCCCCGGCGCCCAGCCCGGCCUGGAUCUCAGCUGCUGCACUGCACUUUGCAACUAGAGAAGGUAGCAGGGGAAAUGUCAAGACCCAUCUGAACAGGCUAGACGGCGAGAGAAAGGAGCUACUCCUCUCCCUCCUCUUCUUCUCCCUGAUGAGCCUACUCUCGUCCUACCUGACCCAACAGGACACAGCUGAGUAUCUGAAAGCCAUGGACAUCUGUGCCGAGGUCCUCAUGUGCUUGGAAAGAAGGAAGGUUUCCUGGCUGGUGCUCUUCCAGUUAACAGAGACAGAUGCCGAGCUGGGGCACCUCCUCCACUUGGCCCCAGAUCAGUACACCAAGCUGCUACCACUUGCUUUCUACAGUCUCCUCUCCUACUUCAGUAAAGAUGCCAUCAUCAAGGAAGAGACUUUCCUGUAUGUGGCUGUUGACAUGUACCUCAAGAUGAUGCAGCUCUUUGUCGAUGGGGAAACCAGGGCUGUGUUACCUCAGGCCAGCAAAAGCUUAAAGUUCCAAGGCCACUCCUUGCUCCAGGGUAGCCCUGUACAACUGAUAACGGAAGCACGUAUUUUUCUGCUGCAGCUAAUACCUCAGUGCCCAAAACAGAGCCUCUCCAACAUGACAGAGCUGCUGGCUGGUCGAGGAGACUAUGACCCUGAGAUGAGCAACGUCCUCCUGCAAAGGCAGCAGGCUGGCCCCAGCUUUGAUCUCUACCAGGAGCCUCAUCUGUUCUGACCAUACCCACCUCAGUGCACCAGCCGGCCGGCACCUUUGUGAAUAAUUUAUUGCAAGCAUAACAUGGAGCUCUUGUUACACUAGAAAGUAGAUUACAAAUCUCCUUGAUUGCUCUAGUUAGGAAAAAAAUUAAUUAUUCAUAAUUUGUGUCUGGCUUUAAAUUGCUCACUGUCCAUAGGAAAAUAAACUGCUGGAACCACAGCAGGUUGAAGUACACACCAAGCCCACCUCCCUCACCCUGAGAGAGGCGCCCUCCAACAUAAGGCUGCUGGAUAUGUGAGGUGGAGUGCAGCAUGGGGUUCACAGAGCAGGCAGAACUAUGCCAGUAGGGCAGUGAGGAACAUGAAUGUCUUUAAACCUCACAUCACACCUGCUGAGUUCAAUCGGCUCAACAUGCCCAGUGUUCCACCUGCAGUUCUCAGGUAGGCUCAGGCUUCACAGCUUGACCCUCCAUGGUCCCAGAGAGGCUCAGGGGCCCAGGUGGGGGCUCUGCUUCCAAAGGCAGGGCUUUGUCCUGGGUCUGAGUCAGAGGAUGUACCAUGGACAUAUGCACGUUGAGAUUGUGGGCCUUUUCAAACCGCCGGCCGCACUGGUCACAGGCGAAGUCCAGCUCAGUCUCUGCUUUGUGUUUGGUCAUGUGGUACUUGAGGGAUGCUCGUUGCCUGCACUGGAACCCACAGACCUCACACCUGGGGGGCAGAGGCAGGUGAAGUAAGCUGUGCCUUGUCCCAGUCAUAGGAAGUGCCCAGCCCACACUUACUGCAGUGGCUUGGCUCCUGAGUGACGCAUCUGGUGGACAAGAAGGUGCUUCCGCUGCUUGAAGGUCUGCCCACAUUCAUCACAGAUGUAAUUGCGUACCUCUGCAAGACCAGAGGGAUUGUGAGCACCAAUCUCAAAUCUGCUCCAAGAUGGGUGACAGUUAUUACUGCUUUAUAUAACACAAGGAUGUGCCCAAGCAAGGAUCUUUGAGAACCCAUUAUUAUUUAAAAUGAAAGAUAAUUCUGAUACAAAGAACUUCACUAAUAAAUGUUUCUAAUACCAAGCAGUUUGUUAAUAAAGAUUUAUAAAUUCCUUAAA